AUACGUUAGCCACGCCCCUUAACUCAAACCCAAUGGAAAUUUCCAGUCGCUCGGCUGAACCUUUAUUAACAGACUCAGGCGCCCAACGCACGGAAGUAGAGAUCUUACGGCUCGAAGCAAUCUUGACAGAAACAUUACAAGACAAUCUUUUGGACUCCGUUCUUUAAUUUGACCGAAACACUCAUCACUCAGUCUACAUCACUUCACCUUGAGUCUUCUACCAUUUCUUCAAAGUCAUCAUGUCUCAGCAGCAGAUCAGCCUCCCUGCCAAGCUCAUUAACGGUGGUAUUGCUGGCAUUGUUGGGGUUACUUGCGUCUUCCCCAUUGAUUUGGCAAAGACCAGGUUACAGAAUCAGAGACCAGGCCAGCAGGUUUACAAGAGCAUGAUGGACUGCCUUGUGAAGACAGUUCGAUCUGAAGGAUACUUCGGGAUGUACAGAGGAGCUGCUGUAAAUUUGACAUUGGUUACCCCUGAAAAGGCCAUCAAACUGGCUGCCAAUGACUUCUUCCGCCAUCACCUUUCUAAGGAUGGGAAGGGGCUGACGGUUGUCAAAGAGAUGCUGGCUGGUUGUGGUGCAGGUAUGUGCCAGGUUAUUGUCACCACUCCCAUGGAAAUGCUAAAGAUACAGCUACAGGACGCAGGCAGACUCGCUGCCCAGCAGCAGAAGCCGAAGCCGGUCAUGAUGUCUCCCACAAAGCUUGUGGCCACCAACGCCGUCCUCAGCCGCUCCUAUAACUCCGGCAGCGUGGUGACCGCACCACGCACCGCCACACAGAUCGCAAAGGAGCUCAUCCACACGCAGGGCAUCCAGGGCCUCUACAGAGGCCUGGGGGCGACGCUCAUGAGGGACGUUCCCUUUUCUAUCGUUUACUUCCCGUUGUUUGCGAAUCUGAACCGCCUGGGUAAACCCAGUCCCGAGGAGUCGUCGCCCUUCUACUGGGCCUUCCUCUCCGGGUGCGCCGCGGGAUCCAUCGCCGCCGUGGCUGUCAACCCCUGCGACGUGGUCAAGACCAGACUGCAGUCGCUGAACAAAGGGGCUGGUGAGGAGACUUACCGUGGGGUGACGGAUUGUGUAAGUAAAAUCCUGCAGAAGGAGGGGCCCUCUGCAUUCCUGAAGGGUGCGGGCUGCAGGGCUUUGGUCAUUGCGCCUCUCUUCGGCAUCGCGCAGGUUAUGUACUUUGUUGGUGUUGGCGAAUACAUCAUGGACAACUUUCCUCUGAGCCUCCUGGCAGCGUGAGGCCCCGUCGGCUUUUCCGGCUGGCUAUGCACAGGACCUGGUGGAACAAGUGGCAGCUACAUACCACCAUCAGUUUACGAAAAAUAAUUGAAAGACCUACGAUUUCAUCAUCUGUAUCAUCUGACAGCUUUGUUGCACUUGAACACUUUUGUGACUUAUUCUGAAGGCUGUGGCCGUUGUUUGCACUCGAAGCUGUUGGCCUUACUGAGUCGGGGACUCAGAGUUGCAGUGUUAAUUUUUCUUUGUCCCCAAACAGUCAUGUUCAGUUUCCCUCUGUGAGGGAGGGAGCUCACUCCAUCAAAAAAAGACAGACCUAUUUUUGUGUUUUCUUCCAUGAUAACUUUUCUUUUGUAUGGAUGUGUAUGCUAGUUUUAUUUUAAAUUGUGACAGAAAGUAGCUCUCAGUACUUUAAUUGUGUAUGUCCUUCUCCGUUGUUGUUGUUUCAUGUUACAGAGCCUUUAACUUGGAACCAAGAUUUGAAAUGGGGCCUAGUUUACGCAAUGUGUUUGCAAAGGGAUUUUUUUUUUUUUUUUAUCAUUAUUUUUUUAACUCACAUUUUCAGCAAUAACCUCGUGUACUUGUUUAAAUUGACUAUGAACCUUCCAGUUGACCUGGGACCAUACGGUUUACCAAACCGUAGACCGCGUCCUCGUACUUAAAUGAUUGUUGGUCCUUGAACUGAAAUCUUGAUAUCUUCAAAAACUUGAGAAGCAUUUGUGCACAUUAUAUACAUGUAUAUGUUUGUCCACACGACAUUUGUUUCACAUUUCGUUUUACAUAUGCAUUCGUACAAGUUCAAUCAUCAGAUCAGUUCUGGCUUAUGCCUCUAACGGGGCAGUUCAGCAUCUCUCCUCGGUUCUGUCUGAGUGGAGCAUCAUUAUAUUUACUGUGAACAGAAACAACUGUUACAUACUCUGCUUGUGAUGGCUGUUUGUACAUAACUUAUAAAUAUUAAACAUUUGCAAUGCAA